GAGAGAGUAACUGGCCUGAAGUCUCCCAGCCAGCUUUCAUACCUAAGUUGGAACUAGAACUCACAGUCUCCUGGUUUCUAGCCUGGUGCCUUAACUACUAGAGUCUGGUGGCCCAUGGGCCGGAUGUGUCAUAUGCAGGCCACACCCACCCCAGUUCCGCGAAGGGGGAAACCGUUGUGAUACAUCACGUGACGGCAAUGUGACGCUAAUUGUCAACUCAUUUCCCGACCAAUUCUCUGAAGUUUGUUGAAUGGAAGCGUGGACUAUUGAAGCAUGACACCCGAGUCCUUCAGCUUUUGGUCUUUCAGUGUGUGGGCCCAUUGCAAUCGCCAGUGACACCAUGGCCCACCACAAUGUCGGUUUCCAACCUGAAUCCUCAGCCCCACGUUCGGAUUCCAAGGAGGAAGCCGUGAAUGGCAAGGAAGAAGCGGCCAAUGCUGAGCCCAGCCCUUUGGACUGUGUUAUUUGCUUCACCCCUUAUGACCAGCUCUUUAAACUGCCGAAGGAGCUGAGCUGCAGUCACAUCUUCUGCCUGGAGUGCUUGGCCCGCAUCAAUGUCUCCUCAGAAGACGUCAACGCCAUCACCUGCCCCAUUUGCCGGGCACCCACUGUCUUGCCUCCCCGCAAGGGCCUGCCGGGGCUUCCUACCCGCCGUGACUUGCUGGAGCAGCUCACCGCAAUGCCGGUGCCCCCUGGCUCCGUGCGUUUUGAUCGUCGGCGGGGUUUGCUCUACUUGCCAGCGGGGAAUAAAAGCGGGCCUCAAGUCGGAUUGAAGCCGGGACCUCUGGUCAACACUGUCAGUUUGAGUGUCGAUGUCGGGAGGCCUCCACCCCCAGGAUCAGCCCGAAGACUGGCCGUCUCGGGUUGGCCAUUCUAUGCCGCUCUGUCGGUCGCGUUGCUCGUCACUAUCGCCUUGAUAGUCUGUGGCAUCUACAUCUUCAUGAUGCCUUCUAUGUACAUUUCAGUGGGAGGAUUUCACAAAGGGAAUCACAGCCUAGGCCUUGGGGGAAACCACUCUAAUCCAGUAAGUCCUUCCCCAACCUAACACUAAGAGAUGGGCUUCCCGCCCUUCCUGCGUCCACCUGUUAUGAUUGUGCUGCUGGUAGUUUCAGGUUCUCCAGAAACACCCUGGCCGCCUCCAGUUGCCUGCAUAGAAUGAAUGGGAAGAUAAAGCUUAACUCUUGUCUGCUAAUCCUUUUCAUCUCUGGAGGCUGUGGCCCCACCAGCACUUUACUGGCGAAUCACUUUUUGGACUUCUACUGGCACUUUCUCUCACAGCCACCCACCUGCGGAUCAUCUUUAGAUGAGGUGAAUUGGGGAGGUCGAAGUUGCCCCUUUGCUGUUUUAUGGCCCACAGGAACAGGCUGGUGGAAAAACAGAGCAUGUUAUAACUUCGUGGUGGAAGGGAGACAUUAAUCCACCUUAAUUGGUACCUUGGCAGAGACACACCAUGCUGUUAAAAUAUUGCCAACCUUCCUUACCCUGAUGCCCUCCAGACAUGCUAGUUCAUUAUCUCCAACCCCUCCAGGAUGUUGUAGUCAGAUGUCAGAUGGUGCCAGGCUGGAGACUAUCAUUCCAGAUGAGGGGAACAACAUUUCAGGUGCCCAGCUUGAAACGUUUUCUCCAGUCAGAAAUUUAAUGUAGGGCAGAAUACGAUGGGGUAAAACUCUUCGAAACCGUGCUUAGGAAGAAGCAAAUGAUGUUUCCAUUGGCCUUUUCUCCUGAACAGCUGGGGGAAUCCCCUCUGCGGUUCUGUUUCACAAAUGCAUCUAGCACAUGAUCGCUUCCAGGGAUUGAGGUUUCUUUGGCAAAGGGAGCUGCAUUUUCACGGCUCUUGGUGUUUCUUUUUUGCUUUCUAUCCUCUCCUCCUGGGCCCAGACUACACUACUCACUGGAGCAGCUUGGCAGACGAAUCCACUUGGUGUGGGGUUCAGUCAUGGGCACCUUGCCAAAGUUACCAAGGUGAGAUUAAUGGUUGAUGCUGCCUUGGAGUUCUGGUCAGCAUGAAUAUAGAUUUCAAGUCUUGUGGAAGUACAACAGGCUAAUGAAGGAUUGUGGGAGUAUCACUUCCAGCUUAUCGCUUCUUUUGCUACUUCGUUUUUCUCUCAUCUUCUGUGGCCUGAAUAGUUGCAUGGAAAAAGCAGGAAUGCAAAAUGCCAAGGUUUUCCUAACAUCAAACAUAUAAUGUACCUGCUCUGAGAUAAUUGCUGUGUAUCCAUAAAGGCCCAAGACUUGGAUUUAGAAAGGAGGGAGAGAUGGGGUGGAACAGGCCUGCACAAAGGCAGCCUGUGGUAGAGGCUUGGAGAUUUUAUCUCCAGCUUAAAAGUUGUAUAUUUUUUUUAGUGGAUUGUGGUUAUUAAUUGGCUGGGGGGGAAAAAACCCCCAUCUGGCUUUGUGUCUGUGGUUUAAUAGCAGCAGAAAAUGCACAGAUCAGAUAAAGUGAGAAGCAGUUACGGGCAAUUAAUGUGGGUCAAAUUACUCUGAAACACACAACAGGACGGAUUGGUUAGGCAAGGAAGAAUGCCAGUAAAAUUCUGCACUCUUCAGGUUUUGUGCCUUAGAAAUUACUCUUUGUUUUUGUUUCUGUUGUUGUUGGCCCCUUCUGUAGCAGGGUCACCUCAUUCUUGGAUAUGCCCCAAAGCUGUUUCACCAUCCUGUAUAAGAAAUUUAUACUAUUGGGGGGAGGGGAAAUGCUUAUUUGUAAAAAUAUUGGCCAGCUGCUUUGAACUUGAUACUUUUGAUAAGAAAAUUUAGAACUGAAGUCCAAAAGCCUAGAACUCUAUGCCCAUUGCCCCAAGAAGUUUAAUCUUCUUAAAUGUUUUGUCUGCAAUCACAAAUAACCAUUAAAAGACUUUCACAGAU